GGUGAGGGAACGCGAGUGAGGGAGACCGACACGGCUCGAGCCCGCGGGCGACGCCCGUCCCGUCCUGUCCCCGCCAUGAAGAACCGCUUCAGCACGGUCGAUAUCCUGGCGGUGAUAGCCGAGCUGCGUCACAGCUUGUUGGGAAUGAGGGUGAAUAACGUUUAUGAUGUGGAUAAUAAGACAUAUCUCAUCCGCCUUCAGAAGCCCGACUUCAAGGCUACGCUUCUGCUGGAAUCUGGCAUUAGGAUUCACACCACAGAAUUUGAAUGGCCCAAGAACAUGAUGCCAUCAGGCUUUGCAAUGAAGUGCCGCAAGCAUUUGAAGACCAGAAGGCUUGUGAGCGUCAAGCAACUCGGCGUCGACAGAAUCGUGGACUUCCAGUUCGGGAGUGAUGAAGCAGCGUAUCAUCUGAUUAUAGAGCUCUAUGACAGGGGCAACAUUGUCCUUACCGACCAUGAAUACCUAAUUCUGAACAUCCUGAGGUUUCGCACAGACGAAGCGGACGAUGUCAAGUUCGCAGUGCGGGAGCGCUACCCGGUCGAUAACGCCAAAGCAGCAGCGCCGUUGCCCACUUUAGAAAGGUUGACUGAGAUCAUAACCAGCGCUCCUAAAGGCGAACAGAUAAAGAGAGUCCUGAACCCUCACCUACCUUACGGAGCCACUCUUAUUGAGCACUGCCUUAUAGAAGCAGGAUUUUCGAGUAAUGCCAAAAUAGAGCAGAUGGAAAGCAAAGAUGUUGAACGGGUUCUAGCCGCUUUACAGAAAGCAGAAGAAUAUAUGGAGAUAACAGACAACUUUAAUGGCAAGGGCUAUAUUAUCCAAAAGAGAGAGAGAAAGCCCAGCCUGGAGCCAAGCAAACCUGCUGAAGAAAUCCUCACAUACGAGGAGUUUCACCCUUUCUUGUUUUCACAACACACAAGAUGUCCGUGCGUGGAGUUUGACUCGUUCAACAAGGCAGUGGAUGAAUUCUACUCCAAGCUGGAAGGCCAGAAGAUAGACUUGAAGGCGUUGCAACAGGAAAAACAAGCCAUGAAGAAGCUGGAAAAUGUUCGGAAGGACCACGAGCACAGACUCGAAGCUCUUCAUCAAGCUCAGGAAAUUGACAAGGUGAAAGGUGAGCUUGUGGAAAUGAACCUGGAGAUGGUCGACCGAGCCAUCCAGGUGGUCCGGAGUGCCUUAGCCAACCAGAUUGACUGGACGGAGAUCGGGGCCAUUGUCAAAGAAGCCCAGGCCCAAGGGGACCCCGUGGCAAGUGCCAUCAAAGAGCUGAAGCUGCAGACCAACCACAUCACGAUGCUCCUGAAAAACCCUUAUGUGUUUUCGGAGGAGGAGGAAGCUGAGGAGGAGGUGGCAGAGGAGCCAAAGGGGAGGAAGAGAAAUAAAGCCCAACAGCUGAAGAAGCCCCAGAAGAACAAGCCCUUGGUGGUGGACGUGGAUCUCAGCCUGUCUGCGUACGCAAAUGCCAAAAAGUAUUACGACCACAAGAGACACGCAGCCAGGAAAACUCAGAAAACUGUGGAAGCAGCAGAGAAGGCCUUUAAGUCGGCAGAAAAGAAGACCAAGAAGACGCUGAAAGAAGUGCAAACGGUGACCAGCAUUCAGAAGGCUAGAAAGGUUUACUGGUUUGAGAAAUUCCUGUGGUUCAUUAGCUCUGAAAAUUACCUUGUUAUAGCUGGAAGAGACCAACAGCAAAACGAAAUGAUCGUCAAGAGAUACCUGAGACCGGGCGACAUCUACGUGCACGCCGAUCUCCACGGUGCCACCAGUUGCGUCAUCAAGAAUCCCACAGGGGAGCCCCUCCCUCCACGGACGCUCACCGAGGCGGCCACCAUGGCCCUGUGUUACAGCGCGGCCUGGGACGCUCGAGUCAUCACUAGCGCCUGGUGGGUGUAUCAUCAUCAGGUGUCUAAAACGGCCCCCACUGGAGAAUACCUGACCACGGGGAGCUUCAUGGUCAGAGGGAAGAAGAACUUCCUCCCUCCUUCCUAUCUGAUGAUGGGCUUCAGCUUCUUAUUUAAGGUGGACGAAUCCUGCACCUGGAGACACGUGGGCGAGCGGAAGGUCAAGGUGCAAGACGAAGACAUGGAGACGGUGACCAGCAGCGCCAGUGCGCUGGCAGAGGAAGACACGGAGCCCUUGGAUGCCCCAGAGGGAGAUGAAAGCAGCAGUGACGACGGCGAGACGGGGGAGCCCACCGAGGGGCCGGGGGCUGAGGACGACCUCGCGGAGCUGCACCACCAGGGAGGGGAGGGCAAAGGGGCUGGCAACGCCCUGGAAGGGUCCUCCGGGGAGGAGGAGGAGGAAGAAGAGGAGGAGGAGGCCGGCUCGGAGGAGGAGGAGGGCCAGGCGCCCCGCAGCAACUCCUCGGAGGAAAUUCGCUUCCCAGACACCACCAUCGAUCUCUCGCACCUGCAGUCCCAACGGUCCCAGCUGAAAUCUGCUCCCAAAGAGGACACCUUGACCUUGGACGACGGCAAGUCCCAGGGCCGGAGGCACCUCUCAGCCAAGGAGAGGAGAGAAAUGAAGAAAAAGAAGCAGCCAAGCGACCCGGAGGAUUCUGACCCGCUGAAGGGGAAGGAAGAGGACGAUGGCGCUCAGCACCCGCCUCCUCCCAGCGCCGGCAAGAACGCCGGCCUCCAGCCGCCCGUGAAGCGGGGGCAAAAGAGUAAGAUGAAGAAAAUCAAAGAGAAGUACAAGGACCAGGACGAGGAAGACCGCGAGCUGAUCAUGAAGCUGUUGGGCUCUGCAGGGUCAGCCAAGGAAGAGAAGCCAAAGAAAGCCAAGAAGGGGAAGGGAAACCAAGACUCCGCGAAGAAACAGCCCCAGAAACUGCGAGGGGGCCAGAGGCCGCUGGAGAGAGCCAGGAUCGAAGAGUUCCCCCCCGAAUUACACGGCCUGGCUUGGGAGGAGCCCCCAGAUGAGAAGGACGAACAGGAUCCCGAACUGCACACCAACGAGGAAGGGCAGACUCUCUUGGACUCCCUGACUGGGCAGCCCCACCUGGAAGACGUCCUCCUCUUCGCCGUCCCGUUCUGCGCGCCUUACACCGCCAUGACCAACCACAAAUACAAAGUCAAGCUGACGCCGGGGACGCAGAAAAAAGGAAAAGCUGCCAAGACGGCUUUGCAUAAUUUCAUGCAGUCUAAGGAGGCGACCCCGAGAGAGAAGGAUCUCUUUCGCAGUGUGAAGGAUACAGAUCUAUCCAGAAAUAUUCCAGGCAAAGUGAAGGUGUCGGCUCCUAACCUCCAAAAUUUGAAAAAGAAGUGAUGGCAGCCGGUCACAGCAUCGCAGACCUGCAGCUUUGGACUGUCUGUGCCCAAUGACGGAAGUGACAUAUGCUCACCGCCUCUCCUCCCAGUUUUGCUAAUAAAGUCCAGUACUCUGA